UUUUCUUUUCUCUCUUCCUUGCCUGACCAUGUUUGGCUCGAGACUGUCCAGCUUCAGUCGUGGACAGUCUUCUAGCGCAACAUACAGCAUUCACCAAGGGACUCGAACCGUCCCAACGGGCUUGCGACGUUGGACGCGCGCGUUUUAUAUUACACUUCCAAUCCUCCUCCUGCUCAACUACCUCCUGAUAUUCCACUUCACUAUAUUCGAAAAGCUCUCACGAAUCGUCUUCCCAGAUCACACCUUCCACCCAUUGCCAUUCCUAUCCAAUCCCCACGAACCUACAUCACCGCCGGGCAAACCUGCAGGAGAUACGGUGCUCGACUACUGGACAUGGAAAACCCAAACGCAAUUUGCUCCUCUCCCCGAUGAACAUGAUAAGGACACCACCGACCUCUGCGCAAUCUUCCCAACCCACCUCCUCUCCAAGAUUCAGGUUGUCCUGAAGGUUGGUGCAGCAGACCACUGGACCCGCACCUCCUCGCAAGUCAAUGGCAUAAUCAAAUGCAUCCCAAACGCCAUCAUCACGUCCGACCGUGACCACGCAUACGGCGUUGAGGGCAUCUUCAACGCGACCGAUAUCCUCGCCGACCUGCCCCCUUCUACGUACUUGACGGAAGAAGAUCUAGCGAUCUACGAGUCGCAGAAGAACGCCUCACUGGCCGACCUCCGACAGGGCGCGCAAGGGUGGCGCAUUGAUAAAUACAAGUUCCUACCCGCGGUGGAAUACGCCGUUGAGCAGAACCACGAGGCGAAUUGGUACGUCUUCAUCGAGAGCGACACCUAUGUCUUCUGGGACAAUGUCUUCCGGCUGCUGGAGCACUACGACGAGUCCAUGCCGUACUACUUUGGGUCGCCUAGCCCAGGCAGGAAAUAUGAGCUUGGUCACGGAAAGGGGGAAGGAGAGGUAUGGUUUGCAUACGGCGGCGCAGGGUACAUUCUCUCGUCCCCCGCGGCGCACCGUCUCGUCGAUAGGAAGAAGAACGCACUCGGCAUCACGGGUCCCCGCGUGACGGAAGAGUACAAAGAAGACAUCCAGAAAGAUUGCUGUGGCGAUAGUAUACUGGGGUGGGCGCUGCACGACAAGGCUGGAGUGGACAUCAGUGGGCUUUGGCCCAUGUUCAACCCGAUGUCGUUGCAUGAGUUGCCGUUUGGGAGGGCGUAUUGGUGCGAGCCGGUGCUCACGAUGCAUAAAAGUCAUGCGGAAGACCUACUUGCGCUGUGGGAGUGGGAAAACAGAAGGGAUAGAACCAAGGGUCCCCUCAUGUACCGCGACCUACUAACAUACCAACCCUUCUUCCACCCAAACACCAACAUCACCAUCCCCGCCGCCUCUUCAACCGCGACUAUCCCCAUUCGCAGAAUCGAAGACUGGCACAACGCUUACCUGGACACCAUCUCCCCUCCCACUUCGCUUGACUCCUUCGAUGCUUGUGCUGCGGCAUGCCACGCACAUAACGAGUGCUGGCAGUUCACAUGGCACGCACAACGGUGCCACAUGUCGAGUGCGCUGAGGCUCGGCGAGAAGAAGGAUCCUGACGGUGAAGGCGGAACAGAGGAAGAAAGGAGAUACAUCAGCGGAUGGGACGUAGAAAAAGUCAGGAAGUUAUGGGAAGAAAAGAGCUGUGAGGGCGGAGCCAGGUGGGUCAAACCUAGUGUAAAAAGGAGGUUUUAGAAGUAGUUAUUGGAAGGCGUUUUGGAGAGGUUUUUUUUUCUGUUGGUUUUUGGAUUCUUUUGGUCGAGCGGGUGGAAAAGAAAUGCUUUUGAAUAGACGAUACCCCUGAUGAGAUGGAAGAUGCAUACAUAGAUUUGGGUUGCAUUGGGCCUUUGGAAAGCCAUGUUUACGCUUUUUGAUCGUUUUUGCUCGCGAGGAACAAGGAAAAGGAGGAGGAUGAAGAAUACAUCUAAUGCACAUGCAAAAUUAUACAUAAUCCUUCUUUUUGGAAAGAAGAGAUGUCG